AAGUUAUAAUCACACGUUUUUCAUCAAUAUUUUAAAGUAAUUUAAGCUACUAAUUAUUUUAUAUUAUCGAAAUUUAAUAUGCCCGCAAGUAUUUAAGCUAGCAACUAUAUGUUAGGUUUUUAGAAUACCCUGAAAGUUUGUAAUAAUGAAGCUGUUUUGUGCACUUUUAUCUCUUUUUGUUUUAAGUGCCGUGGCUUUACCGCUGGCAGAUGAAGAAACCGCUUCAUCAACGUCAGGUUCGGGUAGGGAAGAAUCAUCAAACACAAAUUCCGGUAGGGAAGAAUCAUCGAAUACAAGUUCAGGUAACGAAGAAUCAUCGAACACAAGUUCAGGUUCGGAAUCAUGUGAAAAGGACGGAAAACAACAAUUUGGAGAUAUGGAAAAAGGAUUUUAUGGAUAUGUUUGGCCGCAGGAUAAUAGCGGAGCUUUCGUAACUGGUGGGGAGCAAAUUUGGAGUGAAAAAGAACGUAGAGAAUAUAGAGAAAAAGAAGAGAAAUUCAGAGAAGAGCAGAUAAAAAGAGAAGAGAAAUUCAGAGAAGAGCAGAUAAAAAGAGAAGAGAAAGAAAGAGAAGAGUGGAGAAAAAUAGAAGAGAAAGAAAGAGAAGAGCAGAGAGAAAGAGAGAAAGAAAACGAAAGAGUUCGUAUGCUAACUUCAUUAGCUGUAGCUAAUGAUGCCGGAUCUAUAAUGAAAAAUCUCGCCUUUUUAAAUCUGUUGAAAAAUUCGCCGAAAAGUGUAGGAUACGGAAAACAGGACUUUGACAUCAACAAUAGGAAUCCUUCAUGUCAUUCUUCCAUGCUUCAGCCUGUAAUAAACCCAUACCAGAAUUUCGUCAUCAAUUUACCUUCUCUGUAACAUGUUAAAAAUGGUAUUUGAAUCACGUUAAUAAAACAGAUUAGAAAUAAA